UGAGUUCGUGUACAAAAACCCUUCAAGUUCUCUGAAUUUUGCACAAAAUCUCAUCAGAAGCAAAUAAAGGUAAUACUUAUUAAAAUGGAUUCAAGGCAACAAAAGACUACUGUAGCUGGACGUGUAUAUGAAGAUUUCGAGCCUUCAAUGGACUGGGUACGAGAGCCUGCAAUUGACACGCUCAGGGUCUAUCUACCAGGCUUUAAAAAGGAGCAAAUGAAAGUGCAAGUAACCACAUCUCGAAAUCUAAGGAUCAGUGGAGAACGUCCCCUUGGUGAUGGCAACAAAUGGAGCCGUUUCCUCAAGGAAAUUCCUAUUGGUUCAAAUUAUGAUCCUAAUGGAAUCGGUGCUAAGCUUGAAAAAGGUUUACUUCUUAUCAGACACCCUAAAAUAGUUGUUACUGAUAAUCAGCCACAGGAGAUUAUCAAACCAUCAACAGAAGCUCCAAAACCACCAUCCCAAGAAGCACCAAAGCCUCCAAAGCCACCGCAUGAAAAGGCACAGCAAGCUGCCGACCCUUCAAAGCUGAAAAAGCAAUUCUCUAGAAAACAACCAGCACCAGCAGAAACAUCUGAACCUUUGAAGCCUGAAAAGCCCACAAGUGAACCUGAGGCAAAAACUGGCAAAGCUGAUGAUGGGGUAGGAAAUGGGAAUAUUGUUUCUCGGCAGACGAUAGAGAAGGAGAAGGAAAUGAGCAAAUACGAGCAGAAAAAUACGAGCAAUGGAAUGGCUGCUGACGCAGGAAAACAAGAAAAGGUUGAUGAUUUUGUUCAGGAUAAGACAGAUAAAAAUGAAGUUGGUAAAGGAAUCAUAAGGGGAAGUUAUUAUAUAUUUGCAAAAGAAAAUUUCAAGCAGGUUUUUGGAGAUAUGGUGAUGGAGAUGAAGAAGUCAAGAAAUUUGAAGAACUGCGUUCUGGUUGUUUUAUUUGUGGUACUUGGGUUGGCUGCAUUUAGUUAUCUUAGAAAAUCUAACAACUAAUUCUUCUAUAAUCUCCUCGUGUAUACUAAUUUCAUGUAAUUUUAUUUGCAUUUUAAUAAUGUAAGUAACACGUGCUGCAAAAGUUCUUUGUAAUCAUAUGCAUAACUUGGUUAUUUGAAGAAUAUAAUUGUCUGUGAAAGAAAAGAAAAAAAAGAAGUCCAUAAAUGUGGAAAUUAAAUUAAA